UGAUAAUUUGACACCUCCAAUUCCUUGUGCGGCAGUUGUGCCAUUCGAUUGGCAAAGACAUGUUAGGGCUCACUUCUAUCUCACACCCACCACUCUCGCUUCCAAUUCGUUCAACUCCAAGACCCUUCUCAGCUUCCCCGCACAAACCCCUGAGUUUCCCUUCUUUCCUCUCCAAAAUCCCAAGAAAACCCACAAGAUUUCUGGUAUUAUUCGCAGAGAACAACGAUGGAUUGAGCGAAGAUCCCAAGAAUAAGGAAGAAAAAAAAAUAGAACAAGAAGCUGAGUCUGACGGAGACGAUGAUCCGGGGAAUGAUCAAAGGCCAAUAUUCAGUAUCAGAUGGGGUGAUCUGCUAGACCCAGAUCCUGACAAUCUCCUGGCCAUAGGAUUGACGGGUGUUCUCGCCUGGGCAAGUGUACAGGCACGUGUCAUAAUUGGAGAUUUCAACGUGUUCUUCAAUGUAGAGUUCAAGAAACUAGAACAUGGAGGAAUAUUCGAGUCAUGAGUCCUAUGAAGCCAAGACUCUGAUGUUUUGACUGCAGGUUCAAUGGAUCUAAUAAAAGACGUCAUAGCAUAGUACUUGGGAUGUUAUGACUGAAGCCCGACGCGACAGUUAUAAUGGUUAGAUCAUGGGUUGUCUGCCUUUUAGUAGAUUUUGUUUAUGGCUCGUGUCGCAUGUGACAAUUGUAUUUAUGAGCCAAACUUUUAAUACAUAUUUAAUAGCUAUAUAGAAGUCUUAAAUAGAUAGACAUAUUAAUGGCUUUUUGUUGUAUUUAACUGUUGUCUAUAGAUGUACCUUCCGCUAUGUUAA